UCCGGACAAGCCCCGUGUGACGUGGCCGCGCGCCGGGGGCGGCUCCGGGCCGGGGGCCGGGCGGCCGGGCGGGGCAGAGCCGGGGCGGGGCGCGGCACCGCAGCUGGAUGGCCGGGGCCGCCCGGAGCGCCGCCGCUGCCGCCGCACGUACGUGGCAUGCCUGGAUGUCCCUGCCCUGGCUGUGGCAUGGCAGGCCAAAGGCUCCUCUUCCUCACUGCCCUUGCCCUGGAGCUCCUGGGAAGGGCUGGGGGUUCCCAGCCAGCCCUCCGAAACCGGGGGGCUGCAGCAGCCUGUCGCCUGGACAACAAGGAAAGCGAGUCCUGGGGGGCCCUGCUGAGUGGGGAGAGGCUGGACACCUGGAUCUGCUCCCUCCUGGGUUCUCUCAUGGUGGGGCUCAGUGGGGUCUUCCCGUUGCUCGUCAUUCCCCUGGAGAUGGGCACCAUGCUGCGCUCAGAAGCUGGGGCCCGGCGCCUGAAGCAGCUGCUCAGCUUUGCCUUGGGAGGACUCUUGGGCAAUGUGUUCCUGCACCUGCUACCCGAGGCCUGGGCUUACACAUGCAGCGCCAGCCCUGGUGGUGAGGGGCAGAGCCUGCAGCAGCAACAGCAGCUGGGGCUGUGGGUCAUCGCUGGCAUCCUGACCUUCCUGGUGUUGGAGAAGAUGUUCCUGGACAGCAAGGAGAGGGAGAGGACCAGCCAGGCCCCCUCCAAAGACCCCUCUACUGCUGCCUCUGCCGCCGCCACACUCAAUGGAGGCCGCUGUCUGGCCCAGCGGGCUGCAGAGCCUGGCCUCGGUGUGGUGGUCCGGAGCAUCAAAGUCAGUGGCUAUCUCAACCUGCUGGCCAACACCAUCGACAACUUCACUCAUGGGCUGGCCGUUGCUGCCAGCUUCCUUGUGAGCAAGAAGAUCGGGCUCCUGACGACCGUGGCCAUCCUCCUGCAUGAGAUCCCCCAUGAGGUGGGCGAUUUUGCCAUCCUGCUCCGGGCUGGCUUUGACCGAUGGAGCGCAGCCAAGCUGCAACUCUCAACGGCGCUGGGGGGCCUGCUGGGCGCCUGCUUUGCCAUCUGUACGCAGUCUCCCAAGGGAGUAGAGGAGACGGUGGCCUGGAUCCUGCCCUUCACCUCUGGCGGCUUUCUCUAUAUUGCCCUGGUGAACGUGCUGCCCGACCUCUUGGAGGAGGAUGACCCGUGGCACUCGCUGCAGCAGGUGCUUCUGCUCUGCACGGGCAUCGUGGUGAUGGUGCUGUUCUCGCUCUUCGUCGAAUAACCAUCCCUGACGCCCCCACCCCCUGAAAAGCAAUAAGAGACUCGGAUUCACUCUGUGACCGUGUAUGUGAGAGGCCGAGAAGGCGAGUGCCUGUGAGAGAGAAUGAGCCUCUGACCAGACAGGAGGGAGGGGUGUGUGUGUGUGUGUGUGCGCGCGCGCGUGUGUGUGGUGUGCACAUGUGGGCAGAGGCGCGUGUGCGAGACCGACACUGUGAUCCUCGUGCGCUGGGCCCAGGGCGCAGUGCAGUGCCUGCCCCAGUCAGGCUGUGUCAUCUCUCCUUGCCACCCUGUCAUCUUGCACCCCCAGAGUGAGCAGCAGCACUGGCCCCAAGCAGAGGCCUCACCCCACCGGAACCCCAGAAGGAGUGAGAACAGCCCAAGGAGCCCAGGGCUGCAGGGGACUCCCAAGCUGUCCUGCCUCCUGCUCCCCGCACCCCCGGCCUCUAGCCUGAGGGAGGAACCCCUCUGCUCAUACACCCAGGCCCCAGGCAGCCUAGGUUGGAGUGGCUUCUCUCUGCUGUGUCCCUUUUCCCAGCCCUUCCUUCGCCACCUCGAAGCCAAAGAAAGGAAAGGCAGGUGCUCUUGUAGCCCCCCAGCCCCGCCCAGCACUGACAGUCCCAGCGCCAGCACUGAGCUGGGAGAUGCUUUCUAAGACCUUUUCCUCAGGGCUGCCCGCCUAGGCCAGCUCCCGUUUGGCAGCACUGGCAACUCUUGCCACCUCCAGCUGCCAAACAGCAGCCUGCAGGGCAGCAAGCAGCCCCAGGCCAGCUCAGGGAUGCUCCUGCCAGCACUGGGGCCGGGCGGAGACUCUGGGGGCCGGCAGAGGGGGAGCCCCGGCUGCCCUUCCCUGCCCGGGCCCCUUUCCUCUCCCACUGGGGUUGGGGUAAGGCAGGGGCGGUGAGGGCUCCGUUGUCAGCGCUCAGGAAUGUGCUCUGGGAGAAUGCUGAAGCCAUAAUCCCUAGCUAUUUCCCUUGGCUGACGCCCAGGUACUCAGCUGGCCUGCUCCACAGCCAGGCUCCAGCCCUGCCCUUGACUGUGUUUUGGAAGUGGCUAUCAAGAGGGUCUGAAUGGUUUCAUUAAUAUUAUAGCAGUUUUGCUGUGGUUCUGUUUGUAUCUGUAAGUACUUGUUCUAUAGAUAAGAUACAAAUAAAUAUUAUC